AUGGAGGGCCGCCGGACCUCGGCGUCCACAAGACCUCCGCGCCUUCGGCGGGGCUCAGGUAGCGCCGCCUCCGCCGUCCCGACUCGCAGCGGCGGCGCCCAGCGCCGGGGCCGCGGCCGCCGCUCUCAUGACAACCAGACCGGGCCCGGCCCGCCCGGCCUCCGCGCCUGCGCGACCCUGCCCGCGGCGUCGCACAUGCGCACGCUUUCCCAGGCCUUCUGGGUAACGGAGUUUUCGGGGAAUGGCGCAUGCGCACCAGGACAGGACCGCCUUUUCCCCGGGCCUUCUGGGAAGUGUAGUUCAGGGGGCUGGCGCGCGGCCUUCUUCCUCUCCGCGGGGUCCAUCGGGAGCCGGCCCGCCGGGUGGGGACUCCCUGAGCAGUGGGCCAAGCAGGUGCUGCCCGCGGGGCCGGAGGCCCUGAAGAUGUCUGGGUUCCGGAAGCCCAAGACGUUCAAGCUGCGGGCCUUGCACAGCCAGCAGAAGUUUGGGAUUGCGGGGAGGAGCUGCCAGGAGGUGCUGCGGAAGGGGUGCCUCCACUUCCAGGUGCCCAUGCCCGGCGCCCGCCUGUGCCUCUGGGAGGAUGGCGUGGAGCUGACUGCCGAUUACUUCUGGAGCGUCCCCGACAACGCGGAGCUCGUGCUGCUCUCCGAGGGCCAGGCCUGGCAGGGCUACGUGAGUGACAUCAGUCGCUUCCUCAGCGUGUUCCACAGGCCGCACGUGGGGGUCAUCCAGGCCGCCCGGCAGCUGCUGUCUGACGAGCAGGCGCCGCUGCGGCAGAAGCUGCUGGCCGACCUCCUGCACACGGUCAGCGAGAACAUCGCGGCCGAGACCAGGGCCGAGGACCCGCCCUGGUUCGAAGGUCUAGAGUCCCGGUUCAGGAACAAGUCGGCCUACCUGAGGUUCAGCUGUGCGAGCAGGAUCCGGACCUACCUGAGAGAGGUGAGCUCGCACGCGUCCGUGGUGGGCGCGCAGGCUCGGGAGGAGUACGCGCGGGCCGUGGACGCCAUGGCCCAGAAGCUCAGGGCCGCGCAGUACAACGGCAGCUACUUCGACAGGAGCGCCAAGGCCGGCGGCCGGCUCUGCACGCCCGAAGGCUGGUUCUCCUGCCAGGGUCCUUUCGACAUGGCCGACUGUGCGUCCAGACACUCCAUCAACCCCUACGGGAGCCGGGAGAGCCGGGUCCUCUUCAGCACAUGGAACCUGGACCACAUAAUCGAGAAGAAGCGCUCGGUGAUCCCCGCGCUGGCGGAGGCGGUCGGCGAGCAGGCCGGCAGGCGGGUGGACUGGGAGUACUUCUACAGCCUGCUCUUCACCCGCGAGAACCUCAAGUUGGUGCACAUCGCCUGCCACAAGAAGACCACCCACCGGCUCAGCUGCGACCCGCGCCGGAUCUACAGGCCCCGGGCCACGCCCACCAGGAGGCGGGCUGUGCGCAAGCGCCCGGGACGCGGGCAGCGCCCGGUGCGUGCGGAAUUUUAACAGGUGCUAUUUUUUGCCACCGUGACAGCUUCUGAAAAAAACAAAGUUUAGAGUCUCCCUGCAGAUUUCUGGUCUCUGCACGUUUCAGCACGCGUUUCCUGCGCCUGUGAGCUGCAGACACCGGGGCCUGGUGCCUUGUCGGCGGGUCAGGGACCGGAGUUCUCGAACUUUACCCACCCUGCUUGCUCGUGUGGCACAGUUGCCACGCUGAACGGCGUCAUGGCCAAAGCUGCCACCCUUGCCUGAGGGACAGCUCUGCCGGGUCUCCAUUCCCCAGACCGAAGCUCCGUCCUCUGAUCGUGACCUUUUCGGGGUGAAAUGCUCACACCCCACAAGGAGCAUAAGGGUGCUCGCUGCUGUGCCAUUACAGCCGGAAGCGGCCUCCCACGCCUGUGGGGGGGCGUGGUGAUCGUGGCACCGCGCUCAGCCCAGGAGGUCGCUGGCUUGUAGGCCAAGCGGUCAGGUGUCGCCGAUCUCACAGUUCAACCUGCCACGCAUACCGAGGCCACGCUGUGCAGCAGCGCAGGUGUUUGUGACGACACGGGAGCUGCCCAUUAAAUGCACCAGUGAGUGGCCUAUGCUGAGGCCAUGAGUGUGUCACACACGUGCUGGUGUGAGGCAGCUCGUCUGUGCACAGCUGUAACCCUGGGGACAGUGGGCGCAACGGUUACAAAGGACUAAUGUCCUAAGCCGUGUUGAGAAGGCGCCGCGACUGGAAUCCUCGGAAGUGGAGGGCCGUCUUCCACGUUUACGUCAGGGCCUGAGCAUCUUCAGAUGUUUGGUGUUGGGGUGGGGGUUCCAGGGACCAGUCUCCCGCGGGGACCGAGGAACAACUAAAUUUGAAGUUUUAAAAUGAGCAUUUAUUUCAGAAUUUUUAAAAUUUAGUUUUUUACCUUUUGUAACAUUUGAAUUUUCACACUUGUAGAACCAGGAAAAGCAAUAAAGGUUUUUCACAAAUAGA